GUCUUUGGCUACGGCUCGCUCAUCUUCAAGCCGCCGCCGUACACCGUGGCGCGCACCGUCGGCUACAUCCGCGGCUUCGUGCGGCGCUUUGCGCAGAGCAGCAUCGACCAUCGCGGCACGCACGCACGCCCCGGCCGCGUCGUCACGCUUGUCGAGGCCAAGCACUGGCGCGCCGCUGAGGAGGCCGCUCGCGCCGCCGGACACGCGGUCGAGGAGGAGGAGCUGGGCGAGGACAUUGUGUGGGGCGUGUGCUGGACGAUCGAUCCCUCACACGCAGCCGACGUGCGCGCCUACCUCGACCACCGCGAGAUCAACGGCUACACGCCGCAGCAGGUCUCUGUGUACGGCCGCGCCGCGCCCGACGCCGAGCAGGACUCGGUGCUGAUGCGCGACGUGCUCGUGUACGUCGGCCUGCCGGACAAUGAGGCGUUCGUCGGGCCGGCGCCGUCGCAGACGCACCUGGCCGCGCGCAUCUUCUCGUGCGCCGGCCCGAGCGGCCGCAACGACGAGUACGUGCUGCGCCUGGCGCGUGCCACUCGCGCACUCGCGCCGCAGGUCACCGACCGGCACCUGUUUGACCUAGAAGAGCGGCUGCUGGCG